AUACGCCUCAUUUAAUUCAUCUAGUCUCGUUUGACUAAAAAGGUCUCUCCUUCUCUCUCUUGUUCGUUCUCGCACCAGUGGGCAUGCGAAGCUCCCAAGUGAAGACUCGUCUUGGACUGAUAACUAGACCGACAUUGUCAGUUUCCUGAGACGGUAAGUGGAGGUAGAUAUAAAGAAAAGAAAAAGGCUCCGAUCGCUGCUUUAAACUCCAAUGGUGGUGGCCGUGGGAAACCCAGAAUACAUCGGAACCUACGGUUAAGAUUUCCUGGACUGUUGGUGUUGACGCUUUACUCUCCCUCCUCCAUCUCUCCCGGUUAACGGCUGUAGAAGGAAGGCUAGAUCUUUCUGCGUUUUCAAUGGCGGAAAGAAUCGGAACCAAGACCACUGGCAAGACGGCGUCGAGGUUGUUCUGAGGCUCCUGAGUUUGCUCGCCCUUUACAUUGUUUCCUUUCUACAGGUGAAAGUUGCAGAAGCCUUCGGUUGCGGCUCCAAUGGCGGAAACUACAGAAGGUAAAAGCUUGCCAGAGGCUGAGAAGAAAAAGGAACAGAGCCUUCCCUUUUAUCAGCUCUUCUCAUUUGCGGACAAGUAUGAUUGGGUUCUCAUGAUAGCGGGAAGCAUAGGUGCUGUGGUUCAUGGCUCUGCCAUGCCUGUUUUCUUCCUUCUCUUCGGAGAUAUGGUCAAUGGGUUUGGAAAAAACCAGUCGGAUUUGAAGAAAAUGACUGAAGAAGUCGCCAAGUAUGCUCUGUAUUUUGUCUACCUGGGACUGGUCGUAUGCUUAUCGUCCUACGCAGAGAUCGCUUGUUGGAUGUAUUCGGGGGAGAGGCAAGUGAUUAGUCUAAGGAAAAAGUAUUUAGAAGCGGUGUUGAAGCAGGACGUGGGAUUCUUCGACACGGAUGCCAGAACGGGAGAUAUCGUUUUCAGCGUGUCCACUGACACUCUUCUGGUUCAGGAUGCGAUUAGCGAGAAGGUGGGGAAUUUCAUACACUAUCUAUCUACUUUUCUGGCGGGACUAGUGGUGGGUUUCUUAUCGGCAUGGAGGCUGGCGCUACUGAGCGUGGCCGUGAUCCCGGGAAUCGCCUUCGCCGGGGGCUUAUACGCCUACACACUCACCGGCCUCACUUCCAAGAGUCGAGAAUCCUACGCCAACGCCGGCAUAAUCGCCGAGCAGGCCAUUGCUCAAGUUCGGACCGUAUACUCGUAUGUUGGGGAAAGCAAGGCUCUUAAUUCCUACUCAGAUGCGAUUCAGAACACAUUAAAGCUGGGGUACAAGGCGGGGAUGGCCAAGGGCCUUGGAAUUGGAUGCACCUAUGGCAUUGCUUGCAUGUCAUGGGCCCUCGUUUUCUGGUAUGCUGGUGUUUUCAUCCGGAACGGGCAGACCGACGGUGGGAAGGCUUUCACCGCCAUUUUCUCUGCGAUUGUUGGUGGCAUGAGCUUGGGCCAGUCAUUUUCAAAUCUUGGAGCUUUUAGUAAAGGCAAAACAGCUGGAUAUAAGCUAAUGGAGAUUAUCAGGCAAAAGCCCUCCAUAAUUCAGGACCCCUCCGAUGGAAAGUGUUUGACGGAGGUCAAUGGGAAUAUUGAAUUUAAAGAUGUGACCUUUAGCUAUCCAUCACGGCCAGAUGUCAUUAUCUUUAGGGAUUUCUCAAUUUUCUUCCCAGCAGGGAAGACAGUUGCUGUUGUUGGAGGUAGUGGGUCAGGAAAGAGCACUGUUGUGUCCCUGAUAGAAAGGUUCUACGAUCCUAAUCAGGGGCAGGUGUUGCUGGAUAAUGUGGAUAUAAGGACCCUCCAACUCAAGUGGUUAAGGGAUCAGAUUGGUUUGGUGAACCAAGAACCUGCUCUUUUUGCUACCACCAUACUCGAGAACAUUCUCUAUGGAAAGCCUGAUGCCUCUAUUGCUGAAGUUGAAGCUGCUGCUGCUGCUGCAAAUGCCCACAGCUUCAUUACUUUACUUCCUAAUGGGUAUAAUACGCAAGUUGGAGAGCGAGGAGUACAACUCUCCGGUGGGCAGAAACAGAGAAUAGCGAUCGCCAGAGCUAUGUUGAAGAACCCAAAAAUCCUCCUUCUAGACGAGGCCACUAGUGCCCUGGAUGCUGGUUCUGAAAGCAUCGUUCAAGAGGCUCUAGACCGCCUGAUGGUCGGGAGGACGACUGUUGUGGUAGCUCAUCGCCUCUCGACAAUAAGAAACGUGGACACAAUUGCAGUCAUCCAGCAAGGCCAAGUGGUUGAGACUGGGACCCACGAUGAACUGAUAGCCAAAGCAGGAUCGUAUGCCUCCUUAAUCCGAUUCCAGGAGAUGGCCAGGAACAGGGAUUUGGGUGCACCAUCAACCCGCCGAUCACGGUCCUCCCGUUUAAGUCAUUCUCUUUCUACAAAGUCCCUGAGCCUGCGGUCUGGUAGUUUGAGGAACUUGAGCUAUCAGUACAGUACUGGAGCAGAUGGUCGAAUUGAGAUGAUAUCGAAUGCAGACACUGAUAGGAAGAAUCCUGCUCCAGAUGGAUACUUCUUCCGGCUGCUCAAAUUGAAUGCACCCGAGUGGCCAUAUUCAAUCAUGGGGGCAGUUGGUUCAGUUUUAUCCGGCUUUAUUGGCCCAACAUUUGCAAUUGUAAUGAGCAACAUGAUCGAGGUGUUUUACUACAGGGAUUACACGGCAAUGGAGAGGAAAACAAAGGAGUUUGUGUUCAUAUACAUCGGAGCAGGGCUUUACGCUGUGGUGGCAUAUCUAACGCAGCAUUAUUUCUUCAGCAUCAUGGGGGAGAACCUAACAACUAGAGUUAGGAGGAUGAUGCUUGCAGCUAUCCUAAGGAAUGAAGUAGGGUGGUUCGAUGAAGAGGAAAACAAUUCAAGCCUGGUUGCGGCUCGCCUGGCUACGGAUGCUGCAGAUGUGAAGUCGGCCAUUGCUGAGAGGAUCUCGGUGAUACUACAGAACAUGACAUCCCUGCUCACGUCCUUUAUAGUGGCUUUCAUAAUUGAAUGGAGGGUUUCGCUCCUUAUCCUCGCAACAUUCCCUCUUCUGGUAUUGGCCAAUUUUGCUCAGCAACUUUCUCUGAAAGGGUUCGCCGGAGACACAGCAAAGGCGCAUGCCAAAACGAGCAUGAUUGCAGGAGAAGGUGUGAGCAACAUCCGCACUGUGGCAGCCUUCAAUGCCCAGGAUAAGAUUCUUUCCCUCUUCUGCCACGAGCUCCGUGUCCCACAACGCAGAAGCCUCCGACGUAGCCAGUCCGCUGGCUCCAUGUUUGGUGUCUCCCAGCUUGCAUUAUACGCAUCGGAGGCUCUUAUCCUCUGGUAUGGCGCACACCUUGUCAGCAAAGGUGUAUCUACCUUCUCCAAGGUCAUUAAGGUCUUUGUCGUCCUUGUCAUCACUGCCAACUCAGUAGCCGAGACCGUCAGCCUUGCCCCUGAAAUAAUCAGAGGUGGUGAGGCCGUGAGCUCUGUGUUCUCCAUUCUAGACAGGACUACCAAAAUUGAUCCAGAUGAACCUGACGCCGAAACAGUUGAGUCUGUACGUGGGGAAAUUGAGCUGCGGCAUGUUGACUUUGCUUAUCCCACAAGACCUGAAGUGAUGGUGUUUAAAGACCUCAACCUCCGAAUCCGAGCCGGGCAAAGCCAGGCUCUUGUUGGUGCCAGUGGUUCUGGGAAAAGCUCUGUAAUAGUGUUAAUCGAGCGCUUCUACGAUCCAUCAGCCGGUAAGGUAUUAAUCGAUGGAAAGGACAUCCGGAGGUUGAACAUGAAGUCUCUCCGGCUUAAGAUUGGGCUGGUACAACAAGAGCCAGCGUUAUUUGCAGCGAGCAUUUUUGAUAACAUUGCUUACGGGAAGGAUGGAGCAACGGAGGCUGAAGUGAUAGAGGCAGCUCGGGCUGCAAACGUGCAUGGCUUUGUUAGUGCGUUACCAGAUGGAUACAAGACCCCGGUGGGGGAGAGAGGGGUGCAGCUAUCGGGUGGGCAGAAACAGAGGAUUGCAAUUGCCAGAGCGGUGCUAAAGAACCCAGCAAUAUUGCUACUAGAUGAGGCAACAAGUGCACUGGACGCUGAGUCGGAGUGUGUUCUCCAAGAAGCCCUGGAGAGGCUGAUGAGAGGACGGACCACCGUGUUGGUGGCUCACAGACUCUCAACCAUCCAAGGGGUUGACAAUAUUGCUGUGGUGCAAGAUGGCCGUAUUGUGGAACAGGGCAGCCACUCCGAACUGGUGAGCCGGGCCGAUGGUGCUUAUUCUCGGCUGCUGCAGCUUCAGCACCAUCACAUUUGACGAGUUUUGAUUGAGCCUGAGGUGUGUAGCAUGUCUUCUGUUUGGGGGUAUGAUAUGAUAUCAGUCUGCGUCCAAUUAACUUUACCUUUUUUUUUUUUUACACCUCUUUCCCCACCUUGUCCGAUUUCUGAAAUCUGAAUGAUGAUGAUGGCUGUAGAUACGAGGAUGAGUUAGUUAUCUGAUCUGGAACACUUAUCUAUGAUACUCCCCAUUUCCCGAUGGAGUAGCGGUCGAUCUUAUAUCAUAAAUGGAUAUAUGGUGCAUAAAUCUUUAACAA